AUGUGCACAGCCUCCGUCGAUUCUCUCCCCAGAGGGCACGCUGCCCUUUCUUUCAGCAACCGAGGGGAACGCCCAGUUAGAAACAGGGCCAGACUAGCGGCAGGCGCGUGCCAUCGACCACGAAGGGGGGGAACGCGCUCGAACAAGCAUGGAACGUUGAGAGCGGAGGGAUUGUUCGUCGGGACGUUGUCGCUACAUCCAAGCAGAGGAAGGAGGUCGACCAUGAAACGCGUUUUCGGCAAGAAGAAAGAAAAGGGGCCGGCCCCCUCUCUUUCGGAAGCGGGAGGUCGGGUGGACGAGAGAGUUGCUAAAAUCGACGAGAAGAUCAAGGGACUGGACCAGGAGCUCGUCAAGUACCGUAACGCGCUCAAGAAGGCCAAGGGUCCCACGGCAACGAACAUCAAGAAGCGCGCGAUGGAGACCCUGAAGCGAAAGAAGAUGUACGAGGGGCAGAGGGACCAGAUGGCCGGGCAGCAGUUCAACAUUGAGCAGACAGGCUUCGCGAUCGACUCCAUCAAGGACACAGCUACAACGGUGGCGGCGAUGAAGGACGCGAGCAAAACGCUCAAGGCAGACAUCAAGAAGAUCGACAUCAACAAGGUGGAGGACAUGACGGACGACAUGGCCGACAUGAUGGAGGACAUGAACGAAAUCAACGACAUCAUGGGCCGCUCCUACAACGUCGGAGAUGAGCUAGACGAGGAUGACCUCGACGCGGAGUUGGCGUGCCUGGAUGACGAGCUUGAUGCCUUGGAAGGCCUCGAGGAGGACACGGGCCCUUCCUACGUUGCGCAGCCGGCGAGCCUUCCCCAGGAGCCGUCGCUCGUGCCGGAGUCGACCGGGCCCACGGGGGUCGACGAGUUCGGGUUGCCCGUCAAUCCCGCCCCGGCGAGGCCUGCACAGGAGCGUUUCGGAAGCAGCCAAGUUUCCGUUGGUGCGUACACCGCGGUGGAGUUGGAUGAGACUGGAGGCCAGCUGGAAAAGGCAGUGCCGGUUGCGGGAACAAUUGUCUUGGUACAUUUUAUUAUUUCUGGCAGGAGGGGAGCCGACGUCGACAUGUGUCUGAUACAUCCCCUACUCUAAAAGGGGGGGGGUUGGUAGCGGACGGGAGCGGGGGUGGUGGCGGUCAUGAUCGGCUUGCUGUACGAAGUUUUACCUCUGUCCCAUUUUUUUGUUUUUGUAUAUAUUGGAUAGUGAAGGGAGGGAGGGUUGGUCGUUUCGCAACCAGAAUCUACUUCGCUCUCUCUGCCCUGCAAAUGCAAACAUACCCACGGCGUCGAUCUUUUCCGAAGCUGAGGAUGACUGACAAUGGUUCGACUUUCCUUCCUUGUGGUUUGCAAAACGAGCGGGAGCAAGUAUCAGUUGACCACCGUCUUUUGCAUCAUAUUGCAAGUCUUGCCGUGCCGGCCCGUGCGGACGGGAUGGUGGUGCCAUUGGUGGCGGUUGUCCAAGCUGUCACCCUUCUAAUUAUUUGCCUGC